CUCGAGCCCACAUCUCGGCUCAGUGCCAGUCGGUGCGCGCCUGCCGUGCCAGGAGGCGCGCGAUGGGCGACGGGGCGCCCGGCCUGGGGGAGCUCCUGGGGGACCCCGGGGCGGCCGGGGCGGCCCUGGAGGCGCUGCCGCCAGAGCAGGGCCAGGCGCUGGCCGCGCUGGCGGAGCAGAGUGUGCGGCGCGGAAUCGACUACGCCUCCCUCGGGCUGGGCUGGAGCCAUCCAGAGACGCGGCUGGCCUACCGGCACGCCAGGGGCCAGUCCUUCGGGAAGGAGGCCUCGCGGGCGCGCCAGCAGCGCUCCAGAGAGCGGCUGGUGGAGCUGGCGAAAGUCGGCUGGCGGAGCGAGCGGGCCGCCCCGAGGAGAGCGGACAGCUGAUUGCCGCCGCCUUCUGCGAGGAGAUCGGCGCCCCGCGCCUGGCCCCCCCCGGCUGCCCGAAGACGAGCUUCGCUGCGGUCGCCGCGGCGCUGCAGGCCGAGUUGCUGCUGCCCCUGCGGGCCCUCAACGAGGGCACGGAGUCCAUGACGCGGACCUUCCAGGGGGCGCCGGUGCCGCGUGCGCCCAUCGAGCAGGCCGUGGGCGCGCUGACGGCCGCCGUGCUGGAAGGGGAGUACUCGCGGUGGCGGUACGAAACCCGGUUGGGCGGGAGCAGCUGCGGGGGCUCACCGAGGCGCAGGUGGAGAAGUGGCGCGAGCCCACGGAGACGCGGGUGGGGACGCUGCGGGUGCACGAGGACUCGGCCGGCGAGCUGGGCCUGUUCUGGGCCACGAAGAUCGGCGGCCCCAGCCACGGCUUCGACUUCGAGGGCCAGUGCCUCCUGCCGCUGCUGUGCAACGCGCGGCACAAGGUGGUGCUCGUGACCGCCGAGGAGUUCCCCCACAACCCGUGCGGCCGCGCGCACUUCCGGCUGCUGUGGGUCGCGGGCUCCGAGCCGCCCCGGGCGGUGCUGUGGCUGGAGGGCGUGCACAUGGACGGCGCCGUGUGGGAGCACGGGGCGCACGUCCCGCGCCUCGACGGCCCCGUGCUGGAGCACGCCGUGGCCAAGGCGGUGGCCAUGGGGGUCGGCCUGUCCGUGAGCAGCCACCUGCGGCAGGAGCUCGCAAGGGUUGCCGGCGGGCGGGGCGAGGUGAGGCAGGUGAACGACGCCGUGGUGCUGCGGCCCUCCAACGGGGUCGUCGAGGCGAGCGACUACCUCGACUCUCGGCACGACUGGGUGCAGAUGAAGGAGGAGGUCACUGGCCGGCACUCCCGCGCCCUCUUCGAGCCUCGCGCCGAGAGGUGACGGUGCUGGCGCCCCGCUGCCUGCUGCUGGGGCCCGCAGGCUUUGGGUGUUCGCCGCCGAUAGCGACGUGGGCUCCUCCCUGCUCCUCCUUCUCCUUCCUCCUCCCCCUUGCCCCCGCUCCGCCCUGGCUCCUCCCUGCUCCUCUCUGCUGCUCGUGCUGCUCCUGCUGCUCCUCCUUCUGCCCCUCCACCCACUGCCCCUGUGCGGUGGGGAAAAAAGUGGGCAGCCUUCCAGUGCAGGGGGCCUUUGUCCUCUCCCAGGGCCUCUGGCCUUCGUCCCUCGUAGUCUCUCUGUGUCGCAAGCGGGUGCAGGACAGAGAAGAGUCACAGGACAG